AUGCAGCGCGCGGCGCUGGGCGCGCUCGGGGCGGCGGCGCGGGCCGCCCCGUGCCGCUGGCUGAGCGCGGCCCCGCCGGCGCUGCGGGAGCUGCGGGAGCUGCGGGCGCGCACCGGGCAGCCCGUGCUGCGCUGCCGGGAGGCGCUGGAGCGGGCGGGGGGCGACCUGCGGCAGGCCGAGGCCUGGCUGGAGGCCGAGUCGCGCCGCCGGGGCUGGGCCAGGGCCGCUGCCCCCGGGGCUGCCCGGGCCCGCCAGGGGCUCGUGGGGGUGCUGAGCGAGGGCUCGGCCGCCGUCAUGGUGGAGGUGAACUGUGAGACGGAUUUCGUGGCGCGGACCCCCGACUUCCAGCAGCUGGUGGAGAUGGCGGCCAGGGGGGUCCUGGGGCACUGCCAGGGGGCCUCGGGCACCAAGCUCCUGCUGCCAGAGGAGGAGCUGGCCCAGGUGCGGGCAGAGAACGGGGGGGACCUGCUGAGCGAGCACCUGGCACAUGCCAUGGGCCGCCUGGGCGAGCGCCUGGCACUGCGCCGGGCCGGCUGGCUGUGUGCCCCCCCCGGCGGUUUCGUUGCCACCUAUGCCCACGGCUGGGUGCCCGCCGGGCCCGCCGUGGCCAUGGGCACCUACGGGGCGCUGGUGGCGUGCGGGGGGCCGGGCCCGGGGCCCCCCCCGGCCGAGCUGCGCGAAUUGGGGCGCAGGGUGGCGCAGCACGUGGUGGGCAUGGCGCCCACCGCCCUGGGCACCCCCGAGGACGAGCUGGGGGGGGACAGCGAGACGCGGCUGCUGGCACAGGGGGCGCUGAUGGAGCCGGGCGUGCCCCUGGGGCGGUACCUGCGCGACAGGGGCGGCCUCCGGGUGUGCGACUUCCUGCGCUUCCAGUGCGGGGAGGAGCCCCCCCAGGAGCCCCCCCGGGCUGAGGGGGGCGGCUGAACCCCCUGGGUUCACACACAGACCCCCCCCCCACCCCCACUGUGCCCCCCAUGCCAGGCUGGGGCAGCGAGAGCCCCCCCAGUGUGGGGUGAGGCUGAAUAAAGGUGCAGAAUCCAG